UUGAAGAUCCAAGAUCCAGUGGAUGGAUCUAUUCCACAUUCCACAACCGCCUCUGAAGCUUUUAAUACAAAUGCUAUAGUCUAUGACAAUUCGCCAUGGAGACCAGGGAGAGAUGUGGAACCGGAAAGAGGAGAAGAUGAAAGGAAACUUAAAAAUCUAGCAACCAGAAUUAUGUCUAAUGGAGUAGAAGUUUUGGUAAAGGACAGAAGUGCUGAGGAAAAACAGGAGCAGACCAGAUACUCGGACGUGAAAACUAUACAACCCUCAGCAGUCAGCAACAGUUUUGUAAAUAGUAAUCCUAAAAUUGAUAAGAGGAUUGACGAUGAUCAUAAUCACUUUGAUCUAAUUGAGCCGUCAGAGAUGAGUCAUACUUCAUGCUCAACAUCUUGUACGUGCAGUCAUAUACAAACAGAAAGUUUAAAAACCAAAUAUACAAAUGUUAAAUCGCAAUUAGGUCAAGCAAUGGAUAAAAAUUCAAUGAAGAGCACGAAAUAUAGCGGAACGAAAAUUGACGUACAACCUACACAUUCAUCUUUCGAUCAUACAAAGUAUCAUCCUUACGAAUAUGAAACCAGUUCCCACGGCCCACCUACUGACAAAGUUGUAGAAAAAUACACACAAGUUACUGAUUACUCCGAUGAAAACGAUAGUAAUUCAUUAGACAUGAGUGAUUUGCUUACAAAUGAACAAGCUCCAGAACCACCGAAAACUAAAAGUACAACAUUAAAACCACCAGAAAAAAACAAACCUGAUAAGCCUCAGAAAGUUAAUAAAAAUAAGCUUGUUGUAGCUGAACUAAUAAAAUUGGGUUCACUGGGAAUAAAAGGUUUAUCACAAUUAGCACCAGUUAUAGAAAAAAUGACCGGUGGAUUCAUGAGACGGCAGGAAACAAAUAAGACGACUUCUACCACAACUACAGUGAAACCGAUAAACAAAGUAGUAGGUUAUAGUGCUAAUAAGAGAGUGGAUAACGAGAUAGAAUCUAAACAUAAUAAUUUUCCAAUAUACAUUCCAGUUGAUGAAAUGGAAAUGGCGGAAUCACAGAUCGGUUAUACUAAUGUUACAUUGCAACAAAAUAUUGCAUGGGCUGCAGACCAUAAGAAUUCUAAACUAAAUCUUAUGAAAUCUAAAAUAGUGCAUGAGAGCCCUUUAGUUAAUGGAGGUAUACCUAUAAGUCCGGGGGAAAUAAUUACCACCAACUCUGAUGUAAUUGUGGGAAAGCCUGCAGUUGGAGGUCCAUUAUCUUUAGUAGGCACUGGAAUGAAGGUACAAAAUCAUGCACAGGCUCCAGACAAUGCCGUUGCACACAGUGACAUGUAUAGCAUUAAAGAGAAACCUCUUAAUGAUCAUCCUAUGGUCGGUACUAAAAUCGACGAUUCCUAUGAUUUAAGGCCACCAGAGUUACCCAAGCCUAAUACAAUGGUAAAUAAAAAUACAAUAAGACCACACGGAGCCCACUUCACUCCACCUAAUAUUCAUAUUCCUUUAAGGAACUCAGGAAAUCUAUACAAAUCUAGCGAACAUAGUGGUCCAAUAAGUUACAGUAAGGAUAAAUCACCUAAUUUAGUUUAUCAUGGACGUCCAUCUAUUGUAGAUUAUAGACCAUCUUUCACUAAUACGAUGAAAAAACCUUCUGAAAAUAAAUCAACAAAUAAAGAAAACAACGAACAAGAAAUACCUGAUAAUAAUCCUAGCUCCUCAGAAAUCGUUAGUACUCAUAUAAUGACGGAUGGACAAGGCGCAGAUUUCGACAUUAUAGGUACAAUGAAUAAACCUUUAUUAGUCGAUAUACAGCCUUCAAAAGUUGCUAAUGUACUGAUACCUCAUGGCAGUUCAACCGCAUUGGUAUUCGCGGGAUCUGCAGAGCCUCAUAAAACUGGUGAUUAUGUUGAUGAUCCCUUACCAUAUCCAGAACCUGGGUAUUUUGGAAGUUUUAGCAUAGACGCACCUCAUAUGACAAAUGUACAUAAUGUUGUUAUAAACAAAAACCAAUUUGUGUUGAAACCUAAUGGACCUGCAACAGAUAGGUAUACAAACGACGGUAAUUCUAAUUAUAAAAUUGGCAAGACUAAUGCCGAUCAAAAAUUCAACUGGAUUGAUACAAAACGCCCUAAGGACCUAACACAAAGUAGUCCCCCCCCAAAGAGCAAUCAAGUAAAUAAUGUAAAAUUUGGACCACAACUAACAAUAUACAAUCCUGAAACAUACAAUGGCAAUUAUGAUAAAGUUAAUCAAGUGAAAAAUAAUCCAAAGGAAGGCAAUGACGUCAUUGAUAAGGAAUAUGAAAAUUAUCUCGCUGUACCGCCUCCCCCACCUAAGAGACAUUUUAAUCAUGACAAUCGUUACGAUAGUAAUAAACCUUUUCUUCAACGACCAAAUACUCUUCACUCAAAACCAAUUCAAGAUCUUAAUUCUUAUGUUAAUAUUCAACACCCAAUAACGAAUCAACUUCCUCCAAAAAUAACUUCAGAGAUUUAUUUUGCAUCACAAUUGCCCAGCAGUCAACCUACUCCCACUUACAAUCUUAAAAUACCAUAUUCCAGCAACAAUCCUUCAACAGUGCCUAAGAAUAAUAAUUCUCCCAAACAGGGAGCUCCAACUUAUUCCAAGAAUCCACACACACUUACUUCUUCUAGUUUUCCUAAUAGAACUUUCAGUAGCAGUAAUAAAGAAAAUACGUAUACUAUAACCCUCAAUACAGCUACCAAUGUUGCAAGCAAGCCAGGACAUGUAUUGGGUUCAAGUAUCACAGUACCCAUUACAACUACUUCUGAUAAUGGUCAAAUAAAUGCAAAUAUUCCUAUCGGUACCAAUUUUGCUAUAAGAGUAGAAGAUGACAGAGAUAAAUAUGAGAGUGUAGCUCUUCAUGGCAAGAUACAUCCAUCACUUUUAGCUGAAGACAAAAAUUAUGGACCUAGUGGAAACAAUAACAGAUUUAAAGUUAAUUAUUCAAUACCUGGACCCAAUGUGACUCAAAUAGUAGGACAAAAAUACAACAAUGAUGAUAACAAAGUUACGAAAAAGGAGCAUGAAAAUAAAAAUGUUGCUCAUUUCACUUCACCCGUAAUAAAUAGUCACGCCAAUUUUCCAAUGACAAACGAAGAUGCAAAUUCAAAUGUUCAACGAAAGCAAAUUAUAAAUAAAGCGGAAAAAUCCCAGCCUAAUGUUCACGAAGGAUUGUCAAACCUAGUACCAAACCUUUCAACUAAUUCUCAUGGUUGGUAUUCAAGUGUUUUUAAUGAUGAUAAUGUAAAAGAUAUAAAAAUUGAAACAAGUACAAGGAAAGUUAUUCCUUUAAGUUAUGAUGUAAAUAGUGACGAUACACCAUAUUUCGGCGAAAAAAUUGCGACGGUUGGAAAACCUCCCUCAGAAUACUGGGAGAAUAAACAAACAAGCAAUAAUUUUAUAGUGGGAAAGCCUUUUUCAAAACCAAAAGUAGAUAACAACUCAAAAAAUGUUCAACCAAGCAUAAAACCGAAUUUAAUACCUGCAAUAUAUGGGGUUACGCAAACAAUAUACGAUAUACCAAUAAGAGAUGAUAAAACUGUAUCUUCAAUAACACAAACUUCCACAUCUGCUAAACCCUUUAAACAAAUAUAUGAAACAGCAGAUGAAAUAUAUGAUGGUGAAGAAGAAAUUAAUUUCAAUAGUGACAUUGAUGGUGAGGUUAGUUCGGAAUCCAUGAAAAUUCCGAUAAUCAGUACACCAAAGGAAAGGGUGAACGUGACCUAUGAUUCAACUAACUUUGCAGACACUUUAUCAAUAUCUCAAAAUAAUGGCAGUUAUUUUGUUAAUUUCAAUCCUGGAACGCAGACUGAAAAACCGUUCAGCGGUCUCAAUAAGACCUCUUUUCAUUCGAAUAAUAUUAAUCCAAUAUAUAAUACAAAUUACUAUUCACAACCAAAACCAUUUGGAAUGAACACUAUGCCUUUAGACCACCAAUUGCAACAACCGCAUUGGCAAAUUAAUCAGUUAAUGGAAAAUGCAACUAACGUUUCAUAUGAAGAUGCAGAAGAAGACAUACAUCCACCAUUCUCUGGUAACUUAAAUUCCACAAAACAAUCGUUGCAUUCUAAAGAGUCGGGUUCUAAAUAUGGAACAAUCAGAAAUUCGACAGUUAUUUUAAAUAACAGUGGAAAUAAUAAUAAAUCAAAUAUAAUCACAUCUGUUGUUCAUAUUCACGAUCAGAAACCAUUAGUGGUGCAGAAAACAACAUCUCCACAACCACAUCUCCAAAAGGAAGUUUACAAUAAAUCUAUUGAAGUAAUUGAUUUGUCACCGCCACCACUAAUAAGCUCCACCGAUUAUAAAUUGAAACCAACAAUGAAUAAUGAUGAGAUAAUGGGCAUGAGUCCUCCUACUCCACCAGCAAGAUACCCAACAAGAGUUCCCCAAACAUCAAGGCCUGUAAUUCCUAUUAGAACACCACCCCCUUACAAAAAUGUACCUCAACGAACCUUACCACCCAGACCAACAACAUCUAGACCAUUAAGAAAGCCUACUAAUAGAGAUGAAGUAUCGACGUAUCGCCCGGCAUUCGAUAUCAAUAAAGGGGCACGACCUAUGUUCAAUUAUGAUCAACCUUCGUCUCCAUUACGACCACCUCCAAGAGAAUCUCCAUCGAAAGUAGUUACUAGAGAAAACAUUCCAAAAUUAACAUCUACACUUCCUUCUGUAAGACCUGUUGUUUUCCCAACGCCUGUGUCAUCAGGUUGGUUAACUUCAUCGAAUAUUGGAUUUUCAUCGAGCUUUAAUUUUGCGCCAACAUCGGUUUACUUCCCCAGUAGUAUUUCACAGUCGGGUGUAGUUAAUAGCCCUGAUACAUUAUCAACAGAAACUCAAUCAGAAGAAACAUAUGAUUCCAGUGAAUAUGAAUCAUCUGUAGAGCCUGUUAAUAUUAGUUAUGAAAACAGUUAUGAAACUAAAAAUAAUCAUACACAUAAUUUGAAUACGACAAGUAUAACUCAAAGUACUACAGAAAAUAAUAAAUCUCUGACAUCCAGUAAUAAGCUGAAUCUUCAGACUACAAAUAUUGUUAAGUUGGAAUCAAGUGAACAAAGUCCUAGCACAGAAAAAAGCAAAAUUGUUUCUUCGGGAAUUACAAAUAGAACUCGAAAACCUUACCCAUUCAAUAGUGAUAACAAGAAACUAAAUACUAACAAGUUCAAACAUCCAUCUAAAACUAGUGUUACAAUCAGGCCAACCAAAACUUUAUAUCGUCCAGAGCUAGCACCAACAAGACAAACAUCCAUCCGAAAGAUUGUACGACCUUUGCCUUCUAAAAAUAUAGUACCAACUAAUAUUAUAGAGAGUUCUGAAUCCAUACUUGAAGAUGAUUUUAUAUUUGGUCCAACUCAAGUACUCCAAGAAACUAACGUUCGAACUAAAGUGCCAGAAAUAGUUUCUUUAAUCGAAAAAACCGUGACAUCUACUCUAACUCUAAGGGAAGAACCGUCGAAUACUCAUAUACAUUCAGUUCAUCACUCCGGUAACGAAAUAAAAAUAUCAGAUGAAGUUAUACCAACUAAAACAGAAUUUAAGACAACGAUUAUCACUUUAACAAAGACACUAUCGGAACCACCUCAGACUAUUUCCAGCUUUGGUUACUUAAACUUAACGCAUACUUUAACUGUAACACAUACUAAGACCAGUUUAGUUAGUCAGUCUGAAGGAGCUGUUACUGAAACACUGGUUCUUACGAAUACACAUACUUCUACUGUGGUAGAUGUUGUGACAGAAAUAUUCACUCAAGUUCAGCCUACCACUAUAGUUGAAACAGUAACCAAACACAUUCCAGUUCAAGUUAAAGUUGAACCGACUUCCGUAAUAAACUCAAUUCCAAACACCAAGAUUGUGGCUCUAGAUGAUAUAUCUAUGUCUUCAGAAGAAAGAGACAACUUUAUAAUCAGAGACGAUGAUGUAACUGAAAAUAUUCAAAAAAUAGAAACUGACGAAGAGAAAGACAAUGACACAUUCUUUGUAGUGAUGAAUAAAUCACAAAAUGGUGAGCUAGCACCAACAAGACAAACAUCCAUCCGAAAGAUUGCACGACCUUUGCCUUCUAAAAAUAUAGCACCAACUAAUAUUAUAGAGAGUUCUGAAUCCAUACUUGAAGAUGAUUUUAUAUUUGGUCCAACUCAAGUACUCCAAGAAACUAACGUUCAAACUAAAGUGCCAGAAAUAGUUUCUUUAAUCGAAAAAACCGUGACAUCUACUCUAACUUUAAGGGAAGAACCGUCGAAUACUCAUUUACAUUCAGCUCAUCACUCUGGUAACGAAAUAAAAAUAUCAGAUGAAAUUAUACCAACUAAAACAGAAUUUAAGACAACGAUUAUCACUUUAACAAAGACACUAUCGGAACCACCUCAGACUAUUUCCAGCUUUGGUUACUUAAACUUAACGCAUACUUUAACUGUAACACAUACUAAGACCAGUUUAGUUAGUCAGUCGGAAGGAGCUGUUACUGAAACACUGGUUCUUACUAAUACACACACUUCUACUGUGGUAGAUGUUGUGACAGAAAUAUUCACUCAAGUUCAGCCUACCACUAUAGUUGAAACAGUAACCAAACACAUUCCAGUUCAAGUUAAAGUUGAACCGACUUCCGUAAUAAACUCAAUUCCAAACACCAAGAUUGUGGCUCUAGAUGAUAUAUCUAUGUCUUCAGAAGAAAGAGACAACUUUAUAAUCAGAGACGAUGAUGUAACUGAAAAUAUUCAAAAAAUAGAAACUGACGAAGAGAAAGACAAUGACACAUUCUUUGUUGUGAUGAAUAAAUCACAAAAUGGUGAUCUAAUAUUAUUCCACAGUCGUGAUAAUUUGUCACGUAGGAAGAGCAGCGAAGUAUGUAAUGAAGCUAAGCUUAUCAGUUACUUGGAGUCGGGAACAACGAACACGCAAGAGGUGCACUAG